AUGGUAUUAACUCAAGAAUUCGUCAAAGACUCGGUCUGGAAGGCCGAUAUCUUCAAAGGCAAAGUCGUAUUUGUCACAGGUGGCGCCGGCACGAUUUGCCGUGUGCAGACAGAAGCAAUGGUCUUGCUUGGAGCUAACGCGGCUAUUGUCGGCAGAAACAAAGAGAAAACAGACCGCGUGGCCGAGGAGAUUCGCCAAUUGCGCCCGGGCGCCAAGGUCGUCAGCUGUCCCAACACCGACGUCAGAAACGUGCAGUCGAUUGCAAAGGCCGUGGAGCAGACAGUGCAGGAGCUUGGCCGGAUCGACUUCCUCAUUGCAGGUGCCGCUGGCAACUUUUUGGCAGACUUUAACCAUUUGUCGUCGAACGCGUUUGCCUCGGUGGUCAACAUCGACUUGCUUGGGCUGUUCAAUGCAGUGAAGGCAACGUUCAACGAGCUCAGAAAGAACAAGGGUGCCAUUCUAUUCGUCUCGGCCACGUUGCACUACUACGGCGUGCCAUUCCAGACGCACGUGGGCGCGGCGAAGGCCGGCGUCGAUGCGUUGCUGAAUGCGUUGGCCGUGGAGUUGGGGCCCUUGGGGAUUCGGACCAACUGCAUUGCGCCCGGCCCGAUUGCGGGCACGGAGGGCAUGGACAGGCUCGUCAAGAACCAGGACGAGUAUGUUAGCAAGAUCCCGCUCCAGCGGUUGGGCACGACCCGCGACAUUGCGGAGGCCACGGUGUACUUGUUCUCACCGGCUGCCAGCUACGUGACGGGCACGGUGCAUGUGGUGGAUGGAGCUGCGUGGCAAAACGGGCAGCUGUCGAUGCAAAACUUGUACCCAGUGGAGCUCAUCAAGAGAAACAGCGAGGUGUUGGCCAAGCUUUGA